AGGUCCCGUGCUAGUCACGUUGUGUACUUAAUGAUGUCUGUUGAAGACGUUGAAGAAGCAGACCAUGUGGAAAUAUGUUGGAAUGUUUUGGAUCGUUUUUAUCUAGGUCGAAUUUGCAUUCGUAACCAAUAAUAUGGAUUCCGACGAGCUGUUUGACGAUGAAGUUGAUGAGGUUGCUGAUGAAGAGUCUGCUGGUGAAAAUAAUUUUGUAGACACAGAUGAUACAAGCGAUGAAGAUAUGGAUAUGAAAGGGGAUGAAUAUUCUGAAGGAAGUCAGCCUAUAAGGGACGAUUCAGCUUACGUAUUUUCACUGCAUAAAGGUUCUGUAUUCUGCUGCCAUUUGCAGCCUAUGACUGGAAAACUGGCUGUGACUGGGGCACAGGAUGAUGUUGCAUACGUAUGGGAAACACACUCUGGAGAAGUGAUUUUACAUUGCAAGGACCACAAGGACUCUGUUAUAUGUGCUGAGUUCAGCCAUGAUGGAUCUUACGUUGCAACUGGAGACAUGAGCGGUGUGCUAAUAGUCUGGAGAGUAGCUACUAAGUGCCCAGUAUUUCAGACACAUGUUGGUGACCUAACAUGGCUGAGGUGGCACCACGGAGCAAAUGUCUUGCUUGUUGGAACCGUUUUGGGGGACGUGUACAUGUGGCGAAUUCCAGGAGGGGACUACAAGCUGCUGGCAGGCAACUGGAAGAAAACGGAGUGUGGGCUCAUAUUGCCUGAUGGCAAACGUGCAGCGAUAGGUUAUGGGGAUGGGUCAAUUAAAAUAUAUGACAUGAAGACUACCUCACGGUUACAUGACAUACGUCAAGGACAGGCUCACACUGGUACUAUUAGUGCCAUGGAAUGCCAUCCUGAUAAUAACUUGCUCAUAACCGGUAGUGUGGAUGGACAUGCUGUUCUACUCAAAACCCAGACUGGAAAGAUUGUGUCAGUAUUGGAUUGCAAAGGUCCCAACCCUGAGGCAGAGUCCAGUAAUGCCUCUGUUGAAGCCGUAGGUUUCUGUCAGGAUAGCAGCUUUUCUCUCGCAGCCACUGGCAAUCUUGAUGGGGUGUUGUGCAUAUGGGAUAUUUCCAGAGUGACUGUUCGUCACACACUGAAGCAAGACUCAGGCAUCACUAAGCUACUCUGGAUUAAGAACAGCCCCCAUUUCUAUACUGCUGGCUUGGAUGGGACUGUUCGACUGUAUGAUGCUAGAAGUGGCACCUUGCAGAACGAGCUGUUCGGGCAUUCACACUGUAUCCUGGAUAUUUCAUUAUCUGCGGACUGCAGCACUCUGCUCACUUCUUCUGAUGACAGCACUGCUAGAAUAUUUUCUGUCAAAGCCCCAGACAGGUGAAACAACCAUACUAAUAAAGAUCUUGUGUGAGAAGUCAAUUGAAACAUCAAUGUUAUUGUAUUGAAAGCUCAGUUUCAUAUGAGAAGUUGUGUGUUCUUAUUUUAUUAAUUAAAUAUAUGUACUAUUUGAAAUAAAU